AACACAAUGAUGCAUAAUAGUCAAAUUGAAUAAAGUUAGUUUUCUGAAGCAAUUCAAAAGCUUGAAUUAUUUAUAAGUUGCAGAUAAUUAGAUGAUUUAGACACAGUAACAGUCAGUGAUCCUUAUGUUAUUAUGUAUUAAAAAAACAACAAUUAUUGUAAAAAAUCAAAUUAUUUUAUAUAGGGACUAAAAUUGGAUAAACUGAGUUGAUUUGGAACAAUUUAAACCCCAAUUUUGCAACAUCAAUUUAAUUAGAAUAUCAUUUUGAAGUUUAAUAACAUUUAAAAAUGGAAGUCCAUCAUUACAUUAGUCCAACUUAAUCAAAAGUAUUUAUAUUAAAUAUAUAAGAUUAUUGGUAUUGCAGAAACAACAGUAGCUGAAAUAGCUGGUUCAAAAGAUUAAAUCUUUAUGGGAGAUUUAGUAAAUAUUUCAGGAAAGAAAAGUGGGAAAAUUAUAGUAAAAGCAGAUCAAGUUAAAUCAUGUAAUGAUGAACUCAUAAUUACUUUAUCUGGUUAAAGUAUACCAGAAACAAGAUUUUGGUUUUGGCAUGGGACAUGUCCAUUUUUAAGAUUUUAUAGAUUAAGAAAAGAUGAUAAUAAUCCAGUUCUGGUUUAUGAAACUGAAUUUGCAAAAGAUACAACUUAACCUUUAUGGAAGUAAAUUAAUUGCAAAGCUUAAAAAUUAUGUAAUGGAGAUUAUUAAAUGCCAAUCAAAGUUGAAUUAUGGGAUUAUAGAAGUUCAGGAAAGCAUAUUUAUUUAGGAGAAACAACAUUUUGUGUAGAAGAACUGAAAGAACAUAGUUUAUAGAGUAAAAUCUUAAAAAAGGAAUUUAGAAAUAAGAUGAAAAAGAAUGAAUCUGCAGGAAUUCUUUAAUUUAAUAAAUUUUAAUUAAAAACUCGUUUUACAUUUUUAGAUUAUUGUGCAGGAGGAUAAUAAUUAAAUUUGAUUGUAGCAAUUGAUUUUACAGCAUCUAAUGGUAAUCCUAAUGAUCCAAAAUCAUUACAUUUUAUGACAUAAAAUGGUGCUCCAAGUCAAUAUUUAUAAGCAAUAAUUAGUGUAGUAGAAAUUUUAAUAAAUUAUGAUCAUGAUAAGAAGGUACCAAUUUAUGGUUUUGGAUGUAAACCAAGAAUGAAUUUGAUUAAUACAAAUCAAACUCUUCAUUUAUUUCCACUUAAUGAUAAUCCUGAUGAUCCAGAGUAAGAUUUAUUAUUUAUAUGUUAUUUAGAGUAUAUGGUUUAGAUGGAAUAGUAUAAUGUUACAGAAGUUCUUUACAUCGUUUAGCUUUUGAUGGUCCAACAUAUUUACAUCCAAUUUUAAAGAAUGCUAUGGAUAUGGCUUAAACAUGCAAAAAUUAAGGAAGUGAAAAUUAUUUAAUUUUAAUGAUCUUAACAGAUGGAUAGACAAAUGAUAUGCAAGCAUCUAUAGAUGAUAUAAUAGCAUCUUCACAUUUACCAUUAUCAGUCAUUAUCAUUGGUAUUGGAGAUGCCAAUUUUAAGAAUAUGUCUAUCUUGGAUAAUGAUGAUAAAAGUAUGGUUGAUAGUAAAGGAAAUAAAGCUAUUCGAGAUCUAGUUUAAUUUGUACCUUUUAAUGAAUUUAAAAAUGAUCCUGCUUUAUUAUCUAAAGAAGUCUUAGCUGAAUUACCUGAUUAAUUAGUUGAGUAUAUGGAAUUAAUGAAUAUACCUCCUAAACCACCACAUAGUAUAUCUAUAAUCUAUAUAUAUUAGACAUUUAAGUUAAUUAAUAUCAAAUGCCAGGCAAUAAUAUCUCCCAAUAAAAUAUAGGAAUACCACCUAAUCAAUAAUAUAAUGUCUAUCCUUAAAAUCCUUAAUUUUAAAAUGAUUAAGACAGCUAAAAAUAUCUAUCCUAAAAUUACUAAUAAUAUCCAUAAUAACCUAAUUAAUAUCCUCCUCCUUAAUAAUAGCAAUUUCCCCCAUAAUAAUUAUUUCCACCUCAAUAAGAAUAUCCUCCUUAAUAAGUCUAUCCACCUUAAUAAUAUCCUCCUUAAUAGAAUUAUUAAUAUUAAUAAUUGUAAUAACCAUAAACAGGAAUGGCUACCAAAAGUUUAGGUUAAGGAUUAGCAUAAUAAGGAUUUUUAAAAGGAUUUGUUUAAUAAGCUAAUUAGCAGUUCAACUAUCCAUCAUAGUGA